AUGCCUGCUCUUCGCUUCCUUACUCCUCCUGGAAGCCCACCUGUCAAGAAGAGUCUUGCGCUCGCUACUGGGAGAGCCAGUGACCUUGAAGGUCAACGCCUCAUCGGCACCACCCGAUUCGAGCCUCGAAGCGAUGUGAAAAGCAUUCUGAUCACUGGAGGUGCCGGGUUCAUUGGGGGUUGGGUCACCCGACACUUAGCAGUGCAAUACCCGGAAUACAAAAUUGUUUGUUUCGACAAGCUCGACGUUGUCGCUUCUCUGUUCAACAUCAACUGUCUGGAAUCUCUGCCAAACUUCCAGUUUGUACGGGGCGACUUGACGGACCAGGCGGCCAUUGCCAGGGUUCUUUCGGAUCACAAUAUCGAUUGUGUGAUGCAUUUCGCAGCGUGUUCGCAUGUCCAGAACUCAUUCGACGAUCCCCUAAGCUUCACUGUCAACAAUGUCAUCGGUACUCAGCAGCUGCUUGAAGCCGUUCGUCACCACAAAGGGCCCCAAGUAGUGCGCCGUUUUAUUCAUGUCAGCACUGAUGAGGUCUAUGGAGACGUGGUGGAAUCGGCGUGUGACGAAACCAAGCAAUUCAUGCCCACCAACCCAUAUUCAGCUUCCAAGGCUGCUGCCGAGAUGUAUGUCUGGGCUUAUGCCAAGUCAUUCAACAUCCCAGCUCUCGUUGUUAGGAGCAAUAACGUGUAUGGACCUGCUCAGUAUCCCGAGAAAAUCGUUCCCCGCUUCUGCACUCUCCUGAUGCAGCAAAACCCCCUAACAAUCCAAGGCACUGGCUUGAACAUCCGCCGCUACCUCUAUGGAGCCGAUGCUGCUGACGGCUUCGACACCCUUCUGCACAAGGGUGUCAUCGGCGAAGCAUACAACAUUCAAUCUUCCCACGGUAUCACCAACCUCGAGGUCGCAGUCCGCACACUCGAACUGUUCGGCUACAGUCCGCAAGAUUUCACCCGCUGUUUGACUUGGAUUCCUGACCGCCCCUUCAACGAUCACGAUUACUGGGUCGAUGGCUCCAAGCUGGCUGCAUUAGGAUGGCGCCAGCGUGUGCCCUUCUCUGAGGGACUGAAGGCAUCGGUCAGCUGGUACCGCAAGAACUUGGAUUCUUGGUGGCCUGAGGUUUCGAAGACUAUCAACGUCGCGUCGACCGUGACCACUGAUAUCCAUCACUGUGGUACUCAAUCCACUGCGAACCAAGUCGAGGAUAUCUGUGACGGCGAGACAAUGGGGGAAUCAUCUGGAUUGAGCACACCUGUGAUGGUAUCCGCGUGA